AUGAUCAGAUUGCCAUUCCCGCCACAUGGUGUGCAGGCCAAGCGUACCCGAACCGCCGCCUUUACUGUCUUCACGCUCAUCGGCCUAGCUUGGUUCUUCCGUGACCUACUCUGCACGACGUGGACACUUGCAGCGCUCCGUGUCAGAUGGCGCGAUGGCGCAGACCAAUUCAUACUGUCCAAAGCGCACGAUGACUUUGACAUCACCUUUCUUGACUACGACAAAUAUCAACUAUCGGCAGCGCCGGAUGAAGACCUCGUGCCGCCGAUACUACAUCAUAUCGAUUUCGGCCAGCCCAGCCGCCAGUGGGAUGAUAUUUGGGGAACGGCCGUGCAGAGUUGUAUCGACCUGCACCCAGGAUGGGAGACGCACACAUGGACGGAGAAGAAGGCUGUGCAGUUCGUCGCCGAGAAAUACCCGGACCUCCUCGAAACAUGGGAGAACUAUCCCUACCUGAUCGAACGCGUUGACGCUCUGCGGUACAUGGUGCUGUACGAGUAUGGCGGUGUGGUUCUUGAUAUGGACCUCAAGUGCAAGAGAGCACUGGGCCCUUUGCGGCGAUUUCAAUUCGUGGCAGUCGAGGCGCAGCCCACGGGCUUCAGCAUCGGGUUCAUGAUGGCUAAACGACACAACACUUUCGUCAGCGACAUCUUGCGCAACCUGAAUGUCUACGACCGGCAAUGGCUAGGAUUACCGUAUCCGACCGUCAUGUUCAGCACUGGUUGUCAUUUUGCGUCAGUGAUUCACGCGCGCCAGGCCAACCGCACAGCGCUCAAGGUGUUGCCCGCGCCCAUGCAUAGCCUCAACGGCCGAGUGACGACCCCCAUCUUCGACCACCUGGGUAGCUCGUCUUGGCAUUCUUACGACGCCCGCCUGAUGACUUCACUAGGUCGUCGGACCAAUCUGUUGUUUGUUUUCGUCAUUGGCGUGGCCGCCACAUUGUGUGUUGCCAGGCGGAUGAUUUUGCGAUGGCUGUGUUGCCAGCCGUACGCAACAACCGUGGGCAAUACCCUCUUCUCUCGAUUUCUCGAUGUUCUUUCGUCGGGAGAGAACUAUGAAUAA